AUGAAUUCCUGGCCGGUGCAGACUUUAAACCACACCAUAGAGGAGGACAAGGAUGGGAAGCAGCCGGAGGAGCCGGAGAAGCAGGAGCCGGAGCAGACGCAGCAGCGCCGCAUGGCCCGCCGCGCGGACUCGACCAACGACACCAGCGGGGGCGCCACCAAGGGCCUUAAGGCCUCAUGGAAUCAUGUCAUGACGCAGAUCGACAAGCUACACAAGAAAGGCUUCCGGGGCUCGGGCAUUCAGAUUGCCGUGCUAGACACGGGGGUCGACUACAACCACCCGGCCCUGGGCGGCUGCUUCGGCAAAGGCUGCAAGGUGGUACUAGGGGCAAGCCUCGUGCCCAACGACGGUGAUCCCAACGACCCCAUGGACCGCCACGGCCACGGCACCAAGGUGGCCGGAAUCUUGGCCGGAUACGAUGAAAAGGACAAUCGAUUCGUUGGCGCGGCCCCCAACGCAACGCUUGCCGUCUAUCGCGUCAUUAAAGGCAACAAACAAGUGGAAGAGGACACGCUUGCGGCCGGCUGGGUCAGGGCGUAUGACGAAGGCGCCAAGAUCAUCGUUUCGUCGACGGGCUUCCCGGGAUUCAGCUGGCCAUAUAGCCUGGCCGCAACUGUAGUCUCGCGCAUAGUUGAAAAGGGCAUUCCCUGUGUCGUUGCCAUUGGAAACACCGGUUAUGCCCCAUUUGACGUUCUGAAUCCUGCCGCCGGCCGCGGCGUCACGGCUGUAGGUGCCCCUGGUAAUUCGGUCCCAGUCCCGCUCAAGAGAGGCGGGUACAUGAAUGACUCGGGCACCUCGUUCGCUUGCCCGCUCGUCGGUGGCAUCAUGGCCCUCAUCGCCGAGGCCCGCGGAACUUUCGACCCUGCCGAAAUCAACAGCCUGCUCAUGGCCAACGCUGCUCCGCAGGUCGAACAAAGCCAGGUGACUGGGCCCAAGGGCCUCUUCACCGUCAUGCAGCAGGGCGGCGGCCUCGUCCAGGCUUGGAACGCCGCCCACGCCGCAACGCUGGUCAAGCCCGGCAGCCUCCACUUCAACGAUACAGAUCACCGACCCUCUUCCAUCAGCCUCGAGAUUCAGAAUACAGCCAAGUCCGAGGUAGUGUACGAGCUCUCCAACAUUGCAGCCGACACCAUGUACACACUCGACGGGGAGAAAUUCGAGCGCAAGCAGCAUCCCCAUCGACGUAUUCAAGCCGAGGCUGCCAUCAACUUCAGCAAGAGCUCCGUCACCAUCGGACCCGGCCAGUCGGCCACUAUUGACGUCUCCGCCUCGGAUCCCCAAGGAGUCGACUCCAAGCGUCUGCCUCUAUGGUCUGGCUGGGUUGCCGUCAACGGCUCCGACGGCACCUCGCUUACCGUCCCGUACCUCGGCCUCGCCGGCUCGCUCCUUUCCACCUCGAAUUCCCAGGACCUGGCCCCUUCAACGAGGGGGGAAGCGCCACCGGUACCCCAGGCGGAUGGCUGUGUGACGUCUCCGCCGAACUUGGUAACCUACGCCAAACCCGGAAUUGCGUUAAACUUCCUACUAGCAAGCCCCCAAGUAGACGUCUACAUUGUGCCGCUUAACGUCUGUCCGGCGGACCACAGCCAGGAGCCCGCACCUGCUGCGUCCAACCAGACGGACUCGUCGCCCUCGACUGGUGCUUGUGUCCCCGAGUCUAUGAUUACUGACAUCAAGGGCAUCAAGACUAUUGGUCAGGUUCCCGGUCGAUCCAAGCGCUAUGCAGAGGGAGCGAGUGGAUUGUGUGGAAUGGCGCGCUCCCUUCCGGCGAGGACGCUCCUCCCGGCAGGUAUAAGCUUGUUGCUCGCGUCCUAG